GCUUUCAAUUUCUUCAGUCAAAGUCAAGGCUCGCACAAUUUUGUGACCAAAUUUUCACCUUGAAUUCAUAUAUACUAAAUUUAGCUCAUGUUAUCUAAAUUAAGUUAAUUAAUACUUUAAAUUAUUGGUUAAAAACAAGUUAAGAAAAAUUAAAAUGAGACGCUGCUCUCAUUCAUUGUUGGUGUGCACUACCGCUUUCUUUCUGUUAUCGUUAGCAGUGGUGUACACAAAUGGGAGUGUUUUUCGCCAAGAAUCGGCAGAAGUUUCUGUCGAUGAGAUGAAAUUUGUGCCGUUUGAUUUCACCGAAGCGUUCAAAGGUUUUGCGUCCGAUGUCGUGGCGAAUGAAAUAUUUGUCGAGCACAGUAACACGUAUGGAGCUUCGGCAGCGUAUACUUUUGGACUGGGUCAGUUGUUAGCGGUCGUGAAUGAACGGAUGUUCAACGUACCGAAUGAUGGGAUUGAUGAAGCGUUGAGGACAGACUUUGGGUCCAUUACGACAGCGUAUAAAGAUAUGACGGAGAGCUUGAUUGAGGAUUCCAAAGUUUUUGCCACGAGCUCUAUUUACACGUCGAAUAGGACGCUGGAGUCGACGGAUGGGAUUAAGGCGUUGAACACCAAUGUUUACUAUCAAGAUUUUAGCCAACCGCAUGUCGCCGUACCUUCAAUCAAUGCUCGAAUUUCUAUUCAAACUUUUGGCAAGAUUUUUGAUAAGUUGAUUCCCAGAGGAGGAUGGUACGGGCCAUCAAUCUACAGUUUCACGAAAGGUGUUUUUAUCAAUACUUUCUUCUACAAGAACAAAUUCUUGUUCCCAUUUACUGACAUUGGGAAACAAUUUUUCGGGACGGACCGGGUUAGAAUGUUGGCGUCGGGUGGAACCUUUAGAAUUAGGAGGACACAGGAAUUUACAACUGUAACGUUGCCCUUUAAGGACAAGAGAAAGUCAAUAGUUCUUGUUUUACCAAAAGCUGGACUUCAGGAUAUGAUUCCAUGGAUGGACAGUGCUCUCGAUUCCAAGAAACAUGAUGGGUUCAUUGAAACGAAACCAUUAAUAGUCCAAAUUCCUGCGUUAAAUUUCACCAUCACGAAUGAAUACUUUAGUCAAGUAUUCUAUAUGGGUGUCAAUAAUACGAUGUGCAAUUGGAAUGAUCAUCACCCAUUUUUCCUUCAACCCCCUGCGCAAUCUCUGUACUACUAUCUAGACUCUGAUAAGUUUGAAGUUGCUGCUGCCACGGGUGCUCAGCUCAACAAUAAUCAACAAUUCCAAGAUAUCACUGGAAUCAAACGUGUCCAACAACCAUCUCCACCAAUAAUUCAAGAGCAGCAGUCACGCCAAGAAGAUUUGUCCGCGGAAAAAGAUGACGAAGGUGUGACCACCAAUGCGCCCAGUAGUAUCAGCAGAUCUUCAAUUAACCUGAGCGACGAGGAUGACGACGAAGACGAUUCGAGCGAAAUACCAGUCACGGGUCCUCGUAAAGAGUACAAAUACUUUGAGGAGGAGGGUCCCGUCGAAACGAUCCGUUUCGACAAGCCAUUCUACUGGUAUUUACAGGACGAAGUUCUCGGACCAGUUUACGUCGGAAUUGUAAACUCGUUCAAAACAUAUAAAGAACAAGUUGCAUCAAUUGAGGAUGGUUUCGAUGACAUGUUCAAGUACCAAUUUUGGAGUUGUGGGACAAAGCAUUUAGCUUUAAUAGACAUGUUUCAAUCUCCACUUCCGCCAAAUGAUGACGCCCAGCAAGGAGGGGAGGAAGAUGAUUAAGCAAUUUUGACAAGUUGUUGUAAUUUAUUUUUGUAACUGAAUUAAAUAACAGAUGUAUUUAUUGUGAAGGGAAAAUCGGUUAUCAGAAUGGACCACUUUUUCAUUUUAUGUACAUGUAAGAGAAUUAUCAGUCACAAAAAUGCAGCAUAUUUUCGACUCGAUUUGGCUCUUGUCCAUUAUUCUCUGAUUCUGAUUUUAAGACGCGUUAUAAUAAACGACUACAUCAAA